AUGGACGGCCCCGCCGGCUUCUCCGUCAUCACAUGUGCGGCCCUCAACGGCACGCUAUCUGCUACCAAGCACGUCCACGUCAACCCAUCCGAUCCCAGAUUCGUAUGGUACAUCCUCACGGCCAUCACUCUCGUCGCCCUCGGCGGCAUCUUCUCGGGCCUCACACUCGGCCUCAUGGGCCUUGACACGAUCAAUCUCCAGGUGCUCAGCCAAGCUGGCACACCAGACGAGCAGGAGCAAGCACCCCGCGUCCUCCGCCUCUUCAAGAUCGGGCGCCAUCUCGUUCUCGUCGUGCUCCUCCUCUGCAACACGCUCGUCAAUACGUCACUCCCCGUCUUCCUCGACAGCGUGAUUGGCGGCGGGUGGAUUGCUAUCUUGGGAGCAACCGGGUUAGAGCUCAUCUUUGGCGAAGUCAUUCCGCAAGCCAUCUGCAACAAGUAUGGCCUCGCGAUCGGCGCGUUGUUCGCCCCCUUUGUCCGCGCGUUGGUCUACUUCCUGUACCCCAUCGCCAAGCCCUUGGCCAUGUUUCUUGACUACCUGUUUGGCGCGCAUGAUGAGGGCGUGCGAUACCGUAAAGCCGAGCUCAAGGCGUUUGUAUCCCUCGGUGUCGAGGACAAGCUUGCGGAUGACGAACUGCUCCUCCUCGGAAACGUGCUGGAGUUCUCGGGGAAGACUGUGGGGACGAUAAUGACACAACUCGGCGACACGUACUGUCUCCCGUCGGAUCGAGUCGUUAACAAAGAGCUCAUUGAGGAGGUCCUGCGCAAGGGGCACACGCGCAUCCCAGUUUACGAGGCAACGCGGCCCGCGUCUUUCCUUGGUGUCAUGCCCCUCCGCGCACUUGUGGGAUAUGAUUCCGCUGAAGAGAAGACCGCCCGCGCGCUUGUCAGCCAACCAUUGCCGCAGUGUCCUCCAGAUCUCUCCCUCGUGGAAGCCAUGAACUACUUCCAGUCCGGAAUGAGCCACAUUCUGCUGGUAUCGACGAACCCAGGCGAGCCACGAGGUGCGUUGGGCAUCGUGACGCUUGAAGAUAUCGUGGAGGAACUCUUAGGCAAGGAGAUCAUCGACGAGACCGACCGCUACGUCGACAUGCAAAGUCGCAUCCCCGUCAUACGUCCGCGCUACCCCAUUGACCACUCUGGCAUCCGCCGUAUCUUCGAGGGGCGAUUCAACCGCAGACGUGCGUUCCUACAGUCAGCCCCGCGCACUCCGAACACGCAGGCGGUUGCGACGGAACGCCUUGUUGACAUUCCGAGCGAGUUUGUGUAG